AUGAGAAAAGAACUAUGGUAUAUGGUGUACUCACACCUUGUUAUCCUGGUUUUUCUGCUAUAUAUGACGUUUGACCUACUGACUUUGGUAGUUGACAACACUUUUUCCGAUGCGCUUACAAGCACAGACUUGAACCCACCAGAGACGGCCGAGCCACGCGCCCAAUUGAUUCCAAAAAUUAUCCAUCAAACUUACAAGACGGAAGAUAUCCCAGCGCACUGGAAGGAUGGCCAGCGCAAGUGCAUAGAUUUGCACCCAGACUACAAUUACAUUUUAUGGACUGACCAGAAGUCCAGACAGUUUAUCCAGGAGGAGUACCCUUGGUUUUUGGAGACGUUCGACGGCUAUAAGUACCCAAUCCAAAGAGCAGAUGCCAUCAGAUACUUUGUGCUAUCUCACUUUGGAGGUAUCUACAUCGAUUUGGACGAUGGUUGCGAGCGUAGGUUGGAUCCAUUGCUUACUGUACCGGCUUUCGUGAGAAAGACCACUCCUACGGGUGUGUCGAACGAUGUCAUGGGUAGUGUUCCAAGACAUCCGUUCUUUUUAAAAGUUUUAGAGUCUUUGCAAAGAUACGAUAACAACUGGUUGAUUCCAUACCUUACCAUCAUGUUGUCCACUGGACCCCUAUUCGUCUCAUUGAUUUGGAAACAGUACAAGAGAUGGGGUGUGCCAGAAAAUGGUGUUGUCAGAAUUAUGUUACCCUCUGAUUACAAGAUGCAUGAGACUUCUUUUUUCGCUAUCUCCGAAGGUUCUUCAUGGCAUUUAAAUGAUGCCCAUUUCAUCAAGGCGCUAGCGAACUACAUUCCAUUGUGCGUUGUCUUGGGUUUCGCACUCGCAUUUUUCAUCAUGUAUCUGGAAUACCGCGUGUUGUGCUGGUUGGUCACUGGAGGUGCUUGGUCCAGGUUCUGCAAUAACGUCCUAUACACUUUGGGUCUAUCACGCUCUCGUACUGGUAACGACAGCAUGGAACUGGCUCAAUUUAGAAGACUAAGAAAAGAUUCUAACCUACCGAUCAAUAUCUGCAUUCCUGACCUCGAAAAGCAAGAUCCUAAAUUCACGGAUUUGAGUCAAUAG